AAAUCAAAACAAACCAGUUGCAGUUGCAUUGAAAUUAAUUGGAAUGCACAACCAAAAAACGAGAUUUCUGAACAAUUACAAAAACGGUGGUUAUCUCGUUUUGCAACGAAACUCUUCAUAUAUACUUUUAUGAGAAUAUAAUAUGCCUACCAGUGCUUCACACUCCAGUCCAGUUGGUGGCGGUAAAUGCACCAUAAAUUGGUUUGCCAUCCGCCAUAAAAAGUCAAAGGAAGAGCUCGCGUGUGUGACGCAUGGUGUGACGUGUUUGUGGCCGUUUCUCAAUCCGAAGGCUGCAGCCUCAGGAGAUCGCAUUUGCAGGCUGCAUACGUCAUCAAGCCUGGUUUAUUUAAGUUAACCGAGCAUUACAUUCGCAAGUCAUAAGCAUAUUACAACAAUUUACGCUUAACUAAAAAUAAUAGUCAACCUUAUAAUUGUUAAUAUUUUGAAAUAAGACCGUCUUGAUGACGUAUGCAGCCUGCAAAUGCGAUCUCCUGAGGCUGCUGCCUUCAGAUUGAGAAACGGCCAGUGUGUAUUCUGAGUGUAGAGUCUUGUCUCCGUGUAUUUUUUUUGUUAAUGAUGAGAGAUCCGAUGGAUGAGAUGUGCUGUAAAUCAGUAGGAACUGAUCUGUCCAUGCUGGAUAUUGAUGAUUUUAUCACAGAAAUCUCUCAGCUGAAAAAAGAGGUGGCGUUACUGGAGGCAAAGCUGAGAUCAAGAGGAGACGAAGGACUGAAGAGAGAGGCUGAGGAUAUGGUUUGUUGUGAAUCUUCAGUGUAUGUGAGUGAUGGAUGUCUGGAUUCAGUGUGGAUGAGCAGAGAUCAGAGCCGCACACCACAGCCACUGCUGGACCCCAAACUCUCUGAAGAGAAAUCCAGACACACACAGGACUCAGAGCUCAGUCUCACUUUACUCUGUUAUACUGAGUCAAAGCCCACAGACACUCAGGACACUACAGUGUGUGACAGUAAUCAGGGCUUACAGGAUGAUCAAACCUCCACAGAGUCUCUGGAUUCUGCUGAAGAACAGCAGCAGACCACAGUGAAGAUGUGUUCAGUCAAACUCAUCGACUGCAGGAACCUAAUGAUGAAGAUUAACACAAAACCCACACCAGAUGAAUAUGAAGACAAUCACAAUGACGGUAAUGAUUUUAUUCUGUCAGAUGUGAAGAGUGAUUCAUCGUCCUCAACAUCAAAGGAGCGACCGACAGCACAAACUCUUUCCUGUAUCACCCGUGAAAAGACAUUCAGCUCACAGAGACAUUUAAAGAGACAUGAAAGAAGAAAGCACACAGAACAGAAACUCUUCAACUGCACCAGAUGUAAGAUCAGCUUUACUACCUUACAAGAGAAGAAACUUCAUCAUUCAAAAGAGCACGGAGAGAAGAAGAAGUUUGGGAAGAAUGUAUCUCACAUGAGGACACACAGUGGUGAAAAGCCUUUCUACUGCACUGAAUGUGGCUAUUACUUCAGCACCAAAGGAAGCCUUGACGUUCAUAAGAGAAUUCACACAGGAGAAAAACCACACGAGUGUCCUCACUGUGAGAUGAGAUUCAGUCAAAAAGUCAAUCUGAAGACACACAUGCGUUUACACACCAAUGAGAGACCGUACGAGUGCAGUGAAUGUGGAAAAACCUUUAGGGAUUCAGGUACAUUAAAAUCACACCAGAAAACUCACUCAAAACAGAAACCCUAUCAAUGUUCACACUGUGAUAAACAGUUCUGUCAGAAAUCUCAUCUUGUAUGCCAUGAGAGAGUUCACACUGGAGAGAAACCUCAUCGCUGUGGUGUCUGUGGGAAGAGUUAUACCCGACAUGACAGUUUAGUGACACACCUGAGAGUUCAUACCGGAGAGAAACCUUACAAAUGCUCUCAAUGUGACAAGACGUUUGCUUGGUCAAGUUACUUAAAAAUCCACAAGAGAGUUCAUACUGGAGAGAAACCUUACCAAUGUUCUCACUGUGAAAAGAGCUUCUCCACUUCAUCUUAUCUCAAUGUUCAUCUGAGAUUUCACACUGGAGAAAAGCUUUAUCACUGUAGUGUCUGUGGGAUGAGUUUUAAACGACAUGAUAAUUUAGUGAAUCACCAGAGAACUCAUACCGGUGAGAAACCUUUUAAGUGCUCUCGGUGUGGCAAGACGUUUGCGUUUUCAAAUUACUUAAAAGUCCAUGAGAGAGUUCAUACUGGAGAGAAACCUUACCAGUGCUCCAUCUGUAAAAAGAGCUUCGCUACUUUAUCUUAUUUCAAAGUUCAUCAGAGAGUUCAUACAGGAGAAAAACUUUUUCACUGUAGUGUCUGUGGGAUGAGUUUUAAUCGACAGAACAAUUUAGUGAAUCACCACAGAGUUCAUACCGGUGAGAAACCUUACAAAUGCUCUCAGUGUGACAAGACCUUUGCUCAUUCAAGUAACUUAAAAGUCCAUGAGAGAAUUCAUACUGGAAAGAAACCUUUCCACUGCUCCAUCUGUAAAGAGAGUUUCGCUUAUUAUAAAAGACUUCAGAAUCAUCAGAAGAAACACCUUUAAAAUUGUGUGGUGUGAAAUCCCAGCUAACGAAGCCAUACACUGAAAACAAGUUUUGAAACACCUGGUAUUGUGUGAUUCCUCCUAGCGUCUCCUCUUUUUUUACUUCAGCAAAUAAACAAAAAACAUGGCUUGGCAAACGAUAGUUUUUUAAUAAUAUGUUCCUAAGUCAUUUUAAAUAA